AUGGCCGGACUAUCGAAGACUCCAGCCCCAGCAGCGAAGACCGCGGCGCCAGCGAAGGCUGUGAAACCAGCUGUCAAGGCUGCAGCUCCGGCUGUCAAGGCUGCAGCUCCGGCUGUCAAGGCUGCAGCUCCGGCUGUCAAGACUGCGGCUCCGGUCAAGACCGCAGCCCCGGCUGUAAAGCCCGCGGCUCCGGCAGCUGCAAAGAAUGCGAAGGUGCCCAUCAAAGGCAUGGCGGACCUUUCAGUCGGCUCGAAGAAGACGCUGGCUCAGAUCCUAGCUGAGAAGAAAAAGAACUCGAUGAACAAUCCGGUAAACUUGAAGUUUACGCUCACUGAGCAGGAGAAAAAGAGCCCGGUGUGGAAAGCAAUCUGUGCUGCCUCCAAACAUUCCGAGGAGCUGGAGAAGAAGAAGGUCAUCAAGCCUUUUAACUAUGUUUUCCCGAAAGGGGCGGUCAAGGCGAGGUGA